UGCGACAAAAGGCUAAAGACAUUACUAACCUUCUUCAAGAUGAUGAACGUCUUAAUGCAGAGAGACGUCAAAGAGCUAAUAUGAGAGAUAGAUUAACAGGUCAUAAUGAGUUACCUGGGGCAGUUAAUAGAAAUGUAGAUAAUGCAUUUUAUGAACAUCCCGGAAAUUUAGACGAUGAAGAUGCUGAUAUAAAAAAAGCUAUUGCAGAAAGCUUAAAAACAGCAAACGAAAAUGAGAAAAAUAGUACUAAAGAAGAAGAAGAUUUAAAGAGAGCACUUAAAUUAAGUAAAGAGGAGGAAGAAAAGAGGCAAGCAAUGCUCGAAAAACAGAAUGAACAAUUGUUAUUUGAUCCAGGAUAUUCUUCCAACACCAAUCAACUUCCACAACAACAAACAGAUUUCUUUGGCAACCCGAUAACACCAUAUACGAAUUCUCAAUUCAAUCAGUUUAGUGGAAAUCCGAACAGCCAACAAUUGGAUCCCUUUGGAGGAUUAAUUGACAACAAAGCUUUAACUAACAAUCAAUCACAAUAUUUGAAUAAUCCAUAUCAAUUGCAACAACAAUCAACAAAUCCUUAUCAGCAAUCACCAAUAUUGCAAUCGA